AUGAGUCUAUCCGUUCUGGUCACAGGCGCUAACCGAGGUAUCGGCCUCGGGAUCGUUCAGCAGUUUCUGAAGAAUCCCAGUAUUGCAACUAUUUUUGCGACUGCUCGUAAUCCAGAAAAAGCAACUGAGUUGAAGAGUAUUAAUGAUCCACGUCUUCAUCUAAUCGCAUUGGAUGUUGAUAAUGACACAUCCAUAACGCAAGCGUUCGAUAAAGUGAAUAGUGUUCUUGGCGAGAAGGGUUUGAAUGUUCUUGUCAACAACGCCGGAUUAUGGGAGAACUAUUAUCCUAACAAACCAGCUAAUCGAGAGUCGUUUAUGCGAUCCCUCAAUGUCAACUGUGUCAGUCCUCUUGUUAUGAUACAGACUUUUCUUCCAUUAUUGGAGAAAACAACCAAUCCUAAAGUGGCCAACCUUUCUAGCACUCUUGGAUCAUUGGAAAGAACAACGGAAGGAAGUGGUGAAAGAGGCUCUAUAGCUUACAAGACCAGUAAAGCUGCUCUCAACAUGGUUGGUAGAGUUCUAGCACACGAUUUUGCUGAUAAAAAUAUCGUCGUUGCCCAGUUUUGCCCAGGAUGGGUGAGAACUGAUAUGGGCGGCCAGGAGGCCCAAUUGAGUGUUGACGAAUCUACUCAAGAACUGGCUAACUCUAUUCUGACUCUCGAGAAAAGACAUUCUGGAGGCUUUUUCAUGAGAAACCUGAAGCCAAUUCCUUUUUAA